UUGUUAUAUUGGGCUGGAAACUAAAACGACACUCUUGAUUGGCCCAUUUACAGACAGCCGCAAGCAUAUUUUGUCACGACCGGGGCGGAGAGGUGGCCGGAACGGCAGAAAAGGAGAAUUUCAGAGGAGAUUAGGGUUUCGGAAACACCUGGGCUUCGUUAGGGCUUAAGCCCGUUAACUAAUUAGCCCAUCAUCCGGUGACUCUGCUCAAUAAAGUAUCAGCUAUUAUUUUGCGACUCACACUGCGUUUAAAGAGCUUUGUUGAGCAAAACACAUCGGCCUCUCUUCCCUCCGGAGUCUCUUCUGCCCUAACUGAAUUAACUCCGAAGAUGGUGAGAGUUAGUGUGUUGAAUGAUGCUCUCAAGAGCAUGUACAAUGCUGAGAAGCGAGGAAAGCAUCAGGUCAUGAUCAGGCCAUCCUCAAAAGUGAUCAUCAAGUUUCUGUUGGUGAUGCAGAAGCAUGGUUACAUCGGUGAGUUUGAGUAUGUUGACGAUCAUAGGUCUGGCAAAAUCGUGGUUGAGCUGAAUGGGCGGUUGAACAAGUGUGGUGUAAUUAGUCCUCGCUUCGAUGUUGCAGUGAAGGAUAUUGAAAGUUGGACUGCCAGGUUGCUUCCAUCUAGACAGUUUGGGUACAUUGUGCUGACCACUUCUGCUGGGAUCAUGGACCAUGAAGAGGCUAGGAGGAAAAACGCUGGAGGGAAAGUCCUUGGUUUCUUCUACUAAGAAUUCAAUACCUGGGACCUGUUAUAAUGGGACAGUUUUGAAGAGUUUCGCUUGGACUUGGUUUUUACAACUGUGGUAGUUAUGUUUGCAAGAAUUUUAUUUUACUCCUAAUGUGAGUAGGGAUUGUUUACUUGCAUUAUUCGAAUGUGUUUUCGUUGUCGAAGAUUAUAUUAGCAGGGUAGUGUUCUGAAAUUAUUUUGAUUUCUCACUUGCAAAUGUUUAUGAAGCUCCAUAAUCGUAUUUGAAUGCUGUAAGAUCCGUAAUGCAUGCCGAUGUUCAUUGUUACUGAAGUGUAUCAACUACUGGAACUGUAGAGUACAAACCGCGGGAUGUUGAUGGUCUGGAAUCUGAAAGUUCUUUGUUCUGGCUAAAUUUGCUGCCUAAUCAUCGACUUCUAAGUAUGAAGCUCAGACGUUAUUUGAAUUGAAAGAACACUCGUAGCGGGAUUGCUUUGCCGUUUGUAAAUGUAUACCGUAGUGAUUUAUUGUUCGUUUCAAGGUUUGGGAACCUCGAAAUCAUGGCAAUUUGAAUAAACUGCAGGAAUGAAACUCGCGGAAACAGAGCUUUUCAGAUUUACUGUGC